GCGGCUUCGGCACCGGACUCCAUAGCGCUCGCCUCGCCCCGACGACGCCUAGCCCUCGGAGGGCCGGGAGCGUGGGUCGUCCAGGCCCAGGCAGCGCGAGGCUAAGGACCAGAAUCCUGUAUAUCUACUGGACAAUUUGGUUGUGAAUAGUCAGUUCUUGAAAUCAUGAAUCCUGUUUAUAGCCCUGGUUCUUCUGGGGUUCCCUAUGCAAAUGCCAAAGGAAUUGGAUAUCCAGCUGGUUUCCCCAUGGGCUAUGCAGCAGCUGCUCCUGCCUAUUCUCCCAACAUGUACCCUGGAGCAAAUCCUACUUUUCAAACAGGUUAUACUCCUGGCACACCUUACAAAGUCUCCUGUUCCCCCACCAGCGGGGCAGUUCCACCAUACUCCUCUUCUCCCAAUCCAUACCAGACUGCUGUCUACCCCGUGCGAAGUGCCUACCCCCAGCAGAGCCCUUACGCACAGCAAGGCACGUACUACACACAGCCUCUUUACGCAGCACCCCCUCACGUCAUCCACCACACCACAGUGAUACAGCCCAACGGCAUGCCGGCAACAGUGUACCCUGCUCCCAUCCCUCCACCUCGAGGCAAUGGGGUCACAAUGGGCAUGGUUGCUGGGACCACUAUGGCCAUGUCAGCAGGUACCCUGCUGACUGCUCAUUCCCCCACUCCUGUCGCUCCUUAUCCCGUCACUGUGCCCACAUACUGGGCUCCAGGAACACCCACCUACAGCUACGUGCCCCCUCAGUGGUGAUCACCCCGCAAAUGUUUGAGGAUGGAGCUGUGCAGUCACAUCACGGAGGUUCCACAGCUGGUGCUGCAGGCCUUGUGCCUCCAACCAGGACUUUCUUCUUAAUGCUCUCGACACUUAGCUAAACUCUACUAUGCCUGGCCCGGCAGGUCCCAAUGCCAUUAGUCUCCAACUAACUCUGUGGGUUGGUCUUAAAUCUUGUUUUGUGGGCUGCCUGGCAAUUUUUUUAGCUAAUUAUAAUGAUAAAAAGGGAGUAUUAAUCUACUCUGAAUCCUAUCUAGUUGAAUGCAUGUUUUAAAAAACACACAAAAACAAAGCUUGCUCAAUCUACCUGCAGUGACUGAUGCAAAACCAUCAUAUGCAAAAUCCAAAGGAAUGGAAAAGUAUUUUACAACUUGUAUCACUAAUGCACUGU